ACUACGGAUUCAUAGCGCACUGCAGCGAAUGUGGGGCAUUCCAGAGCGUUUCUUGGGACGAACUCGGCCAAACAUCAGCUUGCAGUUGCUCCAAGAAGAACACGUAUACGGGUCCAAUAUGGAUCGGCCCUCUGCACAACAUAGCAUAUUUACAAACAAUGUCACGGGUAGCCAAGGAAUUAAACUGGAUUGCCUCACCUGGAUUCGAUAUGAAGAAACUCGAUCCUGAAACUUCAAAAUUGACCGAGGUGCUAGAUGUAAUGCUGGAGGAAAGCAAUCCAGCUUUGCCAUGCGGUUACAUUGGGCUUCACGAGAUUGCAAGCAGAGGAAAGAUCCCAACUCCCAGAAGAGAUACCUUGACAAGGGGACUACAAAAGGAAGGAUACGUAGUGAGCCGGUCGCAAAUCGAGCCAAACUCGCUCAAAACCAACGCAUCAGUAGCUGAAUGUAUUCACGUAGCGCAACAACUGUUCGCCCUGCAACACGACAAGCUGUCAAUACAAAGCUAGAAUUUUGUGUCGUACCUUAGCAAUUACCAGCUAUGAUUGUUGCU